AUGGCUAACACAAAUUACAUUCGCAAAGUUGCUGUCGUUGGCGCUGGCGGCAAUGUCGGACGUUUCAUCACCCAAGCCCUGCUCAAGACUGGCCAACAUAUCGUGACAGCAAUCACUCGGGCUGAUAGCCAAAGCAGCCUUCCUGAGGGCGUAAUCCCCAAGAGAGUCGACUACGAGAAGCCAGAGACCCUAGUCGAGGCUUUGAAAGGCCAAGAUGCUCUCGUCAUCACGGUCAGCGGGCGUUCGCCGAUUCAGUCAAUCGAAGAAAAGCUGGUUAGGGCUGCUGGGGAGGCUGGAGUGCCGUGGAUCUUACCGAAUGAAUGGUCUCCGGACUCUGCGAACCAAGGCCUUAUCGAUGAUGUCUUCCUCUUCGGAAUGAAAGUCGCUACUCGAAAGCUCAUCGAGGACCUAAGAAAGAGCUCUUACGUUGCAGUGGCCACUGGCUUCUGGUACGAGUACAGCCUUGGUAUUGCGAACAACUAUGGCUUCGACUUUGCAAAGCGAGCCGUCAAGUUCUACGACGAUGGCAGUACGAAGAUCUCAACUUCGACCUGGCCACAAGUUGGCCGCGCUGUGGCAGCUCUUAUUAGCCUGCCCGUCCACUCCGACAUUGAACCCUGCCUUGAACGCUACAAGAACCAAUUGGUCUACAUCAACUCCUUCACCGUCAGUCAACAAGACAUGUUGGAGUCAGCUCUCCGAGUCACCAGCACGAAAGAGACAGACUGGACCGUGACAAAAGAAGAUUCCCGCCAGUUGUACGAACAAGGCAUCAAAGAGAUGAAGGAAGGCAAAUUCGGUGGCGCUAACUUCCUCUAUUCUCGGGUCUUCUUUCCGAACGGCGGUGGUGACUUUGAAAGCACCAAGGGGACGCUCAAUCGCGUGUUGGGGUUGCUAAAGGAAAAUCUUGAUGAGGCUACCAAGAGGGCGAUUGAAAGACAAGUACAGGCCUAG